AAUCAUUGGCUACCAGAAAGACUAGAACUCAGGAAUAAGGUGGGAUUCCUGGAUCUAGUGGCCGGUGAAUCACUGAUCAAAGAGCAGAUUUUAGAGAGAUUCUUCAUCGAUCUAGUGGGACUUUGUCCGUGUCAACAAACAAUUCGAAAUACCUCGACUUUUUUAGAACAGGUCCGAGUCAAAUAAACAACCUAGCUUAUUUCAUGUUCGAUUUUCAUUAGCUCUCUCUCUCUCUAAUUUCACCUAAAAUGAGGAGGUUGACAUAAUGUAUUAGAUUUAUGGUUUGUUUCAAUGUACAAGUUGGGUUCUGAGAUUAGUUGCUAUUUACCAAUACAAAUAUUGAUAGAUCCCUUUGCAUCUAUUGCAAAUUGUAAUGUUACUCCAUUUAAGUUUUUCUCUUCUGAAAACUCUAUGUUUCUUUGGUAAUGUUGCUUUCUUUUGGUUAUUAAUAGGAGUUAAGUUGAUCAUCCAGCUCUGGAUACUUCUACAUUAUUCUGUAUACAAGUGUGUCGAGUUAGUCGUCUAACUUUUUUUUGUGCUCAUUAUCAUCACCUGAGAAGUAUUGAGGAAAGUAAUGUCUGAUGACUUUAUCUUUAAUUCUGUAGAUUGUUAUUUUUUUUUACUUGGGAAUUUCGAUCAAGCUAGGAAGUCCUACAAAAAUUUUGGCUGGGAGAUGGGAAUAACAUAUUCCUGUCCCUUUGCCAAUUUUGAUGAUUCAGAUACUCGGUUCGAAUCUUAUUUAGUGAGAACAAUGAGUUUUGGAAAUGAUGGUACGAGGACCACGUUACAUCAUAUUAAUUUCAAUGACCAAAAUUCUCAGCAGUCAAAAAUGCAGAAGUCUCUCAGUUCUGGGAAGUUGAUCCUUGAAGGAACUCUUAGCUAUAAAAGGAGGGAACUGGAGGCCGAGAUUGGAGUAAAGACUCCUGUGUUUGUUGCGGGUGAUAAGACGUCGAAUAGAUCAGACAGCCUCACGAGCAGUGAAGAGGUUUCUGAAAGUUUACUACAUAGUUUGUCUGACCAGACUACUAACAUACUACCAUUAGUAUAUGAGAAACAAAGAGAUGAGGCUGCAGUAAAGUUGCAGAAAACGUACAAAAGUUUUCGUACUAGAAGACGGCUAGCGGAUUGUGCUAUUCUAGUUGAGCAGAGAUGGUGGAAGGUAUUAGAUUCUGUUGAACUCAAGCAUAGUUCUAUAUCAUUCUUUGACAUUCAGAAACCCGAAACUGCGUUUUCUCGUUGGUCAAGAGCUUUAACUAGAGCUGCUAAGGUUGGUAAAGGUUUGUCCAAAGAUGAAAAGGCAUGUAAGCUUGCUUUACAGCAUUGGCUUGAGGCAAUUGAUCCUAGACAUCGUUACGGUCACAAUCUUCAAUUUUAUUACACCAAGUGGCUCCAAGCUGACAGUAAACAACCUUUCUUCUAUUGGUUGGACAUAGGUGAAGGUAAAGAAGUAAAUCUUGAGAAGUGCCCUAGAUCAAAACUUCAUCAACAAUGCAUCAAAUAUCUUGGUCCGGUAGAGAGAGAGGCAUAUGAAGUUGUAAUUGUGGGUGGAAAAUUCAUCUACAAGCAGAGUGGGAAUCUUCUUGAUACGAGGGUAGGUCCUGAAGAUACCAAGUGGAUCUUUGUGCUAAGCGUGUCGAAGGACUUGUAUAUUGGAAUGAAGCAAAAAGGCACUUUUCAGCAUUCAAGUUUCUUAGCUGGAGGAGCCACAUUAUCUGCAGGCAGAUUAGUGGUGGAAGAUGGUAUUUUAAAGGCUGUCUGGCCACAUAGCGGACAUUAUCUCCCCACAAAAGAGAAUUUUGAAGAAUUUAUAUCAUAUCUCGAGCAACAUAACAUUGACGUCAGUGUUCUCCAGAAAUUCCCGAGUGAUGAGGAGGAAGCACACUAUAUUAGGAAGGAAGGUGGUUUUGGCCUUCGUAACAGCUUAUCUGCACCAGAUUUUAGCCAAGCCAAUGAAGAGUGCACCACCAAACACUCAAACAAGGAGAAGACUGAUUCUACUACCAAGUAUUGUAAAGAUGCAGAAAAUUCAGUUCCAUUGUCAAGGCGGUCGCAAGGAUUAAGACCCCAAAUUGCGGUCCAAAUACCACUAAGGCAAGACAUAUUUGAGUUGUUCCCUAAGGCUGGCCAGCAGGGAGGAUCAAAAGACGACACACAGCCUUUGGAUACUCCAGUAGAUGGAUAUGAAACAGCAGAAGAAUAUUUAUCUGAUACAGAGCUCUCAGUUUCAAAGCAGAAUUUAUUUGAUGACGAAGAUGAAGAAGAUUAUGAAGAACCUAUCCCAACAGAAAAGAUAAUGAAGAGAAUAAAUACACACAGAAGAACAAAGUCGUUCCAGUUGGCUCAUCAAUUAUCUUGUAGAUGGACAACGGGAGCUGGACCUCGGAUUGGAUGUAUGAGGGACUAUCCAACAGAGCUCCAAUUUCGCGUUAUGGAGGAGGUGUAUUUGUCUCCAAGAACUACGUCUCCAACUCCGCCAAAAUCUGCUCGACGACACACUCCUACCAUCUUUUCUAGAGAAGCAACUGAAAGCAAAAGACGUCCUUUUUCUGAAUCGGCAGUAUUCUUUCAAUCAACCCCACUAGUAGCAGAGAUACAAAAAUAUUGUGAUUAGUAGUUAGUAGAAAUCAAAUCAUUCUUACUAUACUUUUUUGGUUGUUUAUUCAUGAACGUAGGAAAAUUUCAUCAUUUUGUUUUCUUCAUGAUCAUUCUUUACAAACAUAGAUUUUGUAAGGCCAGACAUAUUCAUUCUUUACCCCAAUUUUUUUGUAGAUAUACAGAAAAAAGAUCACAUGAAGUCAAAAUUCUUUAUCA